GAUGUGUGGGAGUCACUGACACCUCUGUGUGCGUGUGAGCCGGGACUGCGUGCAACGGGGAGCCCAGGAUGGGGAGACAGGACCCAACGAGGCGACAUUUCCUACUGCUGCUACUGCUUCUUCUCUCCUGCUUCUUCUGCUGGGCACAGUCAUCCAGGCAAGAUGUGCACGUUAUCGACCUCCUGACGGUCAGCGAGUCCCGGCACAUGUCCGGUGUGGUGGAAAAGAUUCGCUCUGAGCUGCUGGGUGUCAAUGACCUCUACUUUCUCUCCACCUUCCGGCUGCCCCCCAAGGCAGGAGGGGUCCUGUUUGGUCUCUACUCUAAGAAGGAUAACACCAAAUGGCUGGAGGCCUCCAUAGUGGGCAAGAUCAACAAAGUGCUAGUGCGUUACAUGAGGGAAGACUCCAAGCUCCAUGCAGUCAGUUUACAGAAUGCCAACCUGUCGGAUGGAAACAUGCACACUAUGAUUCUGCGUGUGAGCGGCUUCCGGGGGGACACACUCUCAUUGGAACUGUAUGUAGACUGCAAGCAGGUGGACACCAGCAUGGGGCUUCCAGAAAUGAUGAUCAUUCCCCAGUUUGAGGUGGAGUCGGGGGAUAUCCGCUCUGGACACAAAGCCUACCUAAGGAUGCAGGGAUCUGUGGAGUCCAUGAAACUGAUCCUUGGUGGGUCCCUGAGUCGUGUGGGAGCACUAAGUGAGUGCCCUUUCCAAGAAGAUGAGUCCAUUCAUAAUACAGUCAACGGAGUGGUUAAUUCUAUCCUUGGUGAGCACACGAAAGCUUUGAUCACUCAAAUGACUCUCUUCAAUAAAGUCUUAGCAGAGCUGAGAGAGGACAUACGAGACCAGGUUAAAGAGAUGUCACUAAUCAGGAAUACCAUCAUGGAAUGCCAAGUGUGCGGGUUCCAUGAGCACCGCUCCCGCUGUAACCCCAAUCCCUGCUUCCCAGGGGUAGACUGUAUGGAAACAUAUGAGUACCCAGGGUAUCGCUGUGGCCCCUGCCCAACUGGAUCCCAGGGCAAUGGCACCUACUGUGCUGACAUAGAUGAGUGCUCUCAUGCCAACCCUUGUUUCUCUGGCUCAAAAUGCAUCAACACAUCACCAGGUUUCCGCUGCGAGCACUGCCCACGAGGGUACAAGGGCAACACUGUGUCUGGGGUGGGAGUGGACUAUGCCAAAGCCAGUAAACAGGUUUGCAAAGACAUUGAUGAAUGUAAUGAUGGAAACAAUGGAGGAUGUGAUGCCAACUCCAUCUGCACCAACACUGUGGGAUCAUUCAGAUGUGGCCCUUGCAAGCCUGGCUUUGUGGGUAAUCAGACAGUAGGAUGCGUCCCUAAAAAAUCCUGUGCCAGCCCAGCCUUCAACCCGUGCCAUGUGAAUGGACAUUGUGUUUUUGAGAGGAACGGAGACAUCACAUGCGCAUGUAACGUUGGCUGGGCAGGGAAUGGGUACACGUGUGGCCGAGACACGGAUCUGGAUGGAUACCCAGAUGAGCCAAUGCCGUGUAUAGACAACAAUAAGCACUGCAGGCAGGACAACUGCCGCUCGACGCCCAACUCUGGGCAAGAAGAUGCCGACAAUGAUGGGAUUGGGGACCAGUGUGAUGAAGAUGCAGAUGGGGACGGGAUCAAGAACGUUGAGGAUAACUGCCGACUUGUCCCAAACAAGGACCAGCAGAACUCGGACACUGACUCUUUUGGCGACGCUUGUGAUAAUUGCCCCAAUGUGCCCAAUAAUGACCAGAAGGACACGGAUGCUAACGGGGAAGGAGAUGCGUGUGACAAUGACAUUGAUGGCGAUGGGAUCCCCAAUAUGCUGGACAACUGCCCCAAAGUGCCCAAUCCCCUGCAGACAGAUCGAGACCUCGAUGGGGUGGGGGAUGCAUGUGACAGUUGCCCGGAGGCCAGUAACCCCACACAGGCAGAUGCAGACAGCGAUUUGGUUGGAGAUAUGUGCGAUACCAAUCAGGACAGGGAUGGAGAUGGCCACCAGGACACCAAAGACAACUGCCCGGAUAUCCCCAACAGCUCCCAGUUAGACUCAGAUAAUGAUGGGAAAGGGGAUGAGUGUGACCAAGAUGAUGAUAAUGAUGGAAUCCCCGAUUACAUCCCCCCAGGACCAGACAAUUGCCGGCUGAUACACAACCCCAACCAGAAGGACUCAGACGGGGACGGCGUUGGGGAUGUGUGCGAGGAAGACUUCGAUAAUGAUACCGUCAUCGACCCCCUGGAUGUCUGUCCUGAAAGUGCGGAAGUCACUCUCACCGAUUUCAGAGCCUAUCAGACUGUUAUCUUAGACCCCGAGGGGGAUGCUCAGAUAGACCCUAAUUGGGUUGUGCUGAAUCAGGGGAUGGAGAUUGUUCAGACGAUGAACAGUGACCCCGGCUUGGCAGUUGGUUACACGGCCUUCAACGGGGUGGACUUUGAGGGGACAUUCCAUGUAAAUACUGUGACCGAUGAUGACUAUGCUGGCUUCAUCUUCAGCUAUCAGGACAGCUCCAGCUUUUAUGUGGUAAUGUGGAAACAGACAGAGCAGACCUACUGGCAGGCAACCCCAUUCCGAGCUGUAGCAGAGCCUGGACUACAACUGAAGGCUGUGAAAUCCACAACAGGCCCAGGCGAGCAGCUGCGCAAUGCCCUAUGGAACACCGGCCACACUCAAGACCAGGUUCGUUUGCUAUGGAAGGACCCUCGUAACGUUGGCUGGAAGGACAAGACUUCUUAUCGCUGGCAGCUCAUGCAUAGACCCCAAGUGGGCUACAUCAGGGUAAAGCUGUAUGAAGGAGUUGACCUGGUGGCUGAUUCUGGAGUUAUCAUAGAUACAACUAUGAGAGGGGGAAGAUUGGGGGUCUUCUGCUUCUCCCAGGAAAACAUCAUUUGGUCCAAUUUACAGUACCGGUGUAAUGACACAAUUCCAGAAGACUUUGAACCAUACCGACGACUUCUACUGGAUGGGAAAAAUUAAGAAACAUACAGACCCUUGAAAACUCAGACCAAUAUUCUGAUCCACAAACUGCUAGUAUGUGGCCAAAUAAUACGAAAACCAUACCCAACUCAAAGAAAUCAGUGGAUACCCAAAAGGCAGCAUCUUAUGAAUUGCUGGGCUGUUACAAAGCCCAGUCAAUCCCAACCCAAAUUCAGUUCUAGUAGCUUAUGUAAGAGGCUGGAAGUAGAUACUGUAUGGUUGGCUGGGGUAAGUUAUUAGUCAAUAUACUGAUAAGUUGGAAAGUUCCUGCACACAGCGCUGUUACAAAAAGAACCCUACCUGCACAUUUUACUGGAAUUGUGUAAAUUGCACCAAGAAUUGUCCUUACCUGUGACUUGUGGCAUGAAUGGUCUCAGAAUGAAGUUGCACAAGGUCUUCUGGUGUCAUCCUCUAAUUGGCCCCAAAGUACAUCAAAACCUGAAGAUCUGUUCCACCUAUUUGUCACACCACCCCUUUCCCUACACAAUGCUUCCAUGUCAGCUUGUGAAACCGGAUGGUCCUUUAUAAAAAUAUAAAUGUU